UUCCUGUCAUGCUAGUUCCGGCGUUUCGGUUGUCAUUUGCGUGCAUGCUGGCUCGUUAACUGCACGAAGUGAGACUUUCUUGAGGAAGUUGCUUUGUAUUCAGUACGUUUUAUUGUUUGUGCAUCGUUUCAUCGUUGUCUUGAAAUGAUGCUGUCGUGGAUGGAAAAGAUUCCAGACCAAGUAGGAUUUCUGGUGCUCAAUGCUGCUGAUGGUGGUGUUAUGAGUUCAGGAGGCGAGCUUGAAAACGAAGAGCGUAUCGGCGAGAUCAUCCGGAAAAUGGUAUACUGUGCGGACAGGCGUGAUCUACUGCCCACAGACAACAGUGAUGCAAUCAACCGCAUGUCAAUUUACCUGGGAAAGUACUACUACGUUGUGACCCUCUCAAGCCAAAAAAUUUUCAUAUCCAAGAGAGAGUACCUGCCAGUUGAGCCAGUUGUUGUGUAGAAUAUGCUGUACUGUGUGCUAGGUCUGCAACUUGUGUAAAUAAAAAUUCAUUUGCUUACUA